AUGACAUCUUCACCUCCUCAGAGCAACGGAUUCGGCCAGUUGAAAAGGCUAGAUGUUCUCAUCGUUGGUCCUGGUUUCGGCGGAUACUACAGCCUCUAUAAACUUCGUAAGCUUGGGCUCAAUUAUUGGAACACCUACCGCGGAGCCCUCGUCGACUCGGAAAUGCCGUUUUACCAGUUCUCCAUUCCUAAGGUUUGGCGCAAGUGGAACUGGUCUGAGAGGUUCCCAAGUGGAGAAGAGCCGAGGGCCUACUUCAAACACCUCGAUAAGAUACUGGAUCUGUCUAAAGAUAUCACCUACAAAGCUGUUGUCAGUCAUGCAAGCUACAAGGAGGCCUUUGGGGAAUGGGCGGUGACGACUGAGAACGGCCAUAAGGCCGUUUGCAAGUAUCUCGUCUGUGCUACUGGCAGUUGUUUCAAGCCGCAUUACCCCAGUUUCCGAAAUCUAGACAACUACAAAGGACAACUCAUCCAUUCAACCCGGUGGCCAACUGAUGCCAAAGUUGUGGGCAAACGAGUGGCCAUCAUUGGCUCAGGCGCAACGGCUGUACAGUGCACUCAAGAGAUCUCAAAGGUGGCAGAGCAUCUGACAGUCUACAUUCGCACCGCCAGUAUCUCACUCACCAUGGUUCAGCGUCCCUUGAGUGACCUUGAGCAGGCAAUAGGCAAAUCCACCUACCGGAGGAGGUUUGAACAUUGCCGGAAUAGCCAUUCAGGUCUCGGAUACGAUAUACGGCCCGGGUCCGUGCUUGAAUUGAGUGAUGCUGAACGGGGAGAACUUUGGGAAGAGCUUUGGAAUCAUGACGGUCUUAACUUCAAUCAGGCGAAUUACCGAGACUUUCUUGUUGACGAGAAGCCCGACAGACUCAUGUACGACUUCUGGGCAAAGAAGGCCCGCCCAAGAGUCAAGAAUCCCGCUAAGGCCGCAUUCCUUGUAUCUGAGAAAGCACCUUUCGCAUUUGGGACCAAGAGGAGCAGUCUUGACAAUGGACCUCCAUUCAUUGAGAGUCAGGUUGACAUGAUUGCGGAACUUCUCCAUAAGCUCCAGAAAAAGGGUGUCAAGUCCAUUGAAGCACAGCGGGAUGUCGAGGAGAAGUGGAAGCAGGCAAUCCAGGCUGCCAAUGGCAAGACCUUAAUGCCCUUGACCGACUCGUGGUAUAACGGAGCCAACAUCCCAGGCAAGAAGAGAGAGCAAUUGAUAUACCUAGGUGGAGUUAAGAAAUAUCAAGAGGGAUGCCGAGAGGCACUAGCAACUCUAGCGGGGUUUGAUAUUGUACUUGAUGAGGGGAGGAAAGGUUCAACGGUAGCAUCAUAG